UUUCCGUGUCUCCAUGGUGGAACGUGUCUAAACAAUAACGGUUCUUAUACAUGUUCAUGUCCUGAAGGAUGGACUGACAGAAACUGUAACACUAAUGUAAAUGAGUGCACAAUGUUUUCACCAUGUGUGAAUAAUGCAACAUGUACCGACACAGAAGGCUCUUAUGACUGCUCAUGUGACCCUAAAUGGACGGGAAAAAACUGUUCGAGCAUGAAUUAUUGUUUAUCGUCCCCAUGCUCAAACAACGGCACGUGUAACAAUCAACCGACCGGGUAUAAUUGCACUUGCUCAAGAGGAUGGUCGGAAGAGCAUUGCACAAUAGAUAUAGAUGAAUGUAAGAAGCCAAUACCAUCACCCUGUUUAAAUAGUGGCAAUUGUACAAACACAAACGGGUCAUUUUAUUGUGAGUGUCCAGUGGAAUGGGAAGGCGAUACAUGCGAAACCGAUGUGAACGAGUGUUUGACCGCUUCUUCACCUUGUUUGUACGAUACGACGUGCAACAAUACGAAAGGAUCCUUUACCUGUAUUUGUGGCAGCGGUUUAACAGGUCGCAACUGCGAGACUGAUGUGGACGAAUGUCUAACAGCGCCAUGUUUGAACAACGGGACAUGUAACAAUACUAUUGGUUCCUUCAACUGCGCAUGCGCACAGAACUGGACGGGUUCAAUGUGUGAAAUAGACCUCUUGGCGAGUUUUGCACCAUUUUCUGGUGGUGCGGGUUUUGGAACGGAGAACACGUGGGUAAUACUGGGUCCGAUUCUAGUGUGUCUCUUGAUAAUAGGGGGCCUGGUUGCUGGAAUUGUGAUCUUCAAUAAGCUGCAGUCGAUCAAAGUUCAGCAAGAAGUAGCCAAGAUUGCUUUUGAUAAAACCAAAACCCUCGAACCCACCGCCAGUGACAAGGGUGAGGCGUCCGCAUCUGACGUAAGGCCUACCGUAGCUGACAGAAUCAAGGGUACGUUCGCAGCGGGGGCCAUGCGGCUGCAGGCCCUUGGUUCCGGAUUGUGGAAUGGCAUAAAAGGACUUGAGAGAAUGCCAGAAAACACUCCCGGUCCUCAGUACAUUCAGCCCCAAGUGCGGAAGAUCCUCUCAUCAAUCUACGACAUCAUGUGGAAAGACAGUUUAUUAAUAUUGAGAGGUCUCGCAUUGUCAAAAUUCUACUUACAACACUCGAUCGCGUGGCUGCAUUUUAUGACAGACAUGAGACAGUUGGAAAGUGUGAUAUGCUUUGUUAGUGUGACGGUUCUUGUAUACAGCAUCGUUCAUGAUUCCAUCGGGAAUGUUGCUGCAACAACAACUGUAGAACCUGACGUAUCUUGUGGAAACCUGACGUGUCAUGGUCCAUUCACUGCCAGUUGCAAUCUUAUAGAACCUCAACCAUGCAAGUGCAAAGUCGGUUUCGAGGGUUUGGAAUGUAAGUCCGACGUAGAUGAGUGCAAAAAAGGAAGCCCUUGUAGAAACAGAGGACCAUGCACCAACACAGUAGGGAGCUUCAGGUGUGCGUGUCUAGAUGGAUGGGCGGGUGACCACUGUGAAAAUGAGACCGGUAAUCCACAAGAAUGCAUGCCGGGAUGGACUUUACCAAGAUGCACAACCGAUAUUGACGAAUGCAGCAAUACAUCGCUUUUUUCAUGCGGCACUCACCAGCGAUGCAAUAAUACGCGAGGAAAUUACACAUGUGUAUGCGACAAAGGGUGGACCGGUCUCGAUUGCAUGUUGGACAUCAACGAAUGCGAUCAGAAUCCAUGUCAGAAUUCAGGAACCUGUAGUAACACGCAAGGCUCUUUUAAUUGCAACUGUCUCUCUGGCUGGACUGGCACAUUGUGUGCGACUUAUGUAGAUGAAUGCGUUGUGUCACCGUGUAUGAAUAAUGCAACAUGUACGGACACUGAAGGUGCAUAUGCAUGUUUGUGUCACACGAAAUGGACGGGGAAAAACUGUUCGAUCGAGAAUCAUUGUUUCUCGUCUCCUUGCUCGAACAACGGCACUUGUAACAAUCAGCCGACCGGCUAUAAUUGUUCCUGCCAGAGAGGGUGGACGGGAGAGAAAUGUACAUUAGAUAUAGACGAAUGCAAUAAUCCACGGCCAGCUUGUAUGAACAAUGGGAACUGUACGAACACAGAAGGGUCGUUUUAUUGUGAAUGCCCAGUGGAAUGGGAAGGGGACACAUGUGAAACCGAUGUGAACGAGUGUUUAAGCACUUCUGCCCCUUGUAUGUACGAGUCGACGUGCAGCAAUACGAAAGGAUCGUAUUCCUGCAUUUGUGGCAGCGGUUUAACAGGUCGUAAUUGCGAGAGUGACCUAGACGAAUGUCUAACAGCGCCAUGUUUGAACAACGGGACAUGUAACAAUACCGUUGGUUCUUUCAACUGCGCAUGCACACGGAACUGGACGGGUUCAAUGUGUGAAAUAGACCUCCUGGCGAGUUUUGCACCAUUUUCUGGUGGUGCGGGUUUUGGAACGGAGAACACGUGGGUAAUACUGGGUCCGAUUCUAGUGUGUCUCUUGAUAAUAGGGGGCCUGGUUGCUGGAAUUGUGAUCUUCAAUAAGCUCCAGUCGAUCAAAGUUCAGCAAGAAGUAGCCAAGAUUGCUUUUGAUAAAACCAAAACCCUCGAACCCACCGCCAGUGACAAGGGUGAGGCGUCCGCAUCUGACGUAAGGCCUACCGUAGCUGACAGAAUCAAGGGUACGUUCGCAGCGGGGGCAAUGCGGGUGCAGGCCCUUGGUUCCGGAUUGUGGAAUGGCAUAAAAGGACUUGUUACGCGUAACACGGGGGUCAUCGUGGGUUCGGUAUUAGGGAGCUUGGCUGCUGUUGGGGCAGGAGUAUCUCGCGGUUUGGAAUGUAAGUCCGAUGUGGAUGAGUGCACAAGAGGACGCCCUUGUAGAAACAGAGGACCAUGCACCAACACAGUAGGGAGCUUCAGGUGUGCGUGCCUAGAUGGAUGGGCGGGUGACCACUGUGAAAAUGAGACCGGUAAUCCACAAGAAUGCAUGCCGGGAUGGACUUUACCAAGAUGCACAACCGAUAUUGACGAAUGCAGCAAUACAUCGCUAUUUACAUGCGGAACCCAUCAGCGAUGCAAUAAUACUCGAGGUAAUUACACAUGUGUGUGCGUUGAAGGGUGGACAGGUCUCGACUGCAUGCUUGAUAUCAAUGAAUGUGACCAAACUCCUUGUCAGAAUUCAGGAAACUGUACUAACAUGCUGGGCUUUUAUUAUUGCAAUAGUCCCUCUGGCUGGACGGGGAAGAAUUGUUUGAGCGAGAAUCAUUGCGUCUCGUUUCCUUGCUCGAACAACGGCACGUGUAACAAUCAACCGACCGGCUAUAAUUGUUCCUGCAAGAGAGGGUGGACGGGAGAGAAAUGUACAUUAGAUAUAGACGAAUGCAAUAACCCACGGCCAGCUUGUAUGAACAAGGGCAACUGUACGAACACAGAAGGGUCGUUUUAUUGUGAAUGUCCAGUGAAAUGGGAAGGGGACACCUGCGAAACCGAUGUGAACGAGUGCUUAAGCACUUCUGCCCCUUGUAUGUACGAGUCGACGUGCAGCAAUACGAAAGGAUCGUAUUCCUGCAUUUGUGGCAGCGGUUUGACAGGUCGUAAUUGCGAGAGUGACCUAGACGAAUGUCUAACAGCACCAUGUUUGAACAACGGGACAUGUAACAAUACCAUUGGUUCUUUCAACUGCGCAUGCGCGCGGAACUGGACUGGCACAGUGUGCGAAAUGGACCUUUUUGCGAGUUUGGCUCCAUUUUCCGGUGGUUCUGGUUUUGGAACGGAAAACACGUGGGUGAUAUCGGGUCCGGUCCUGGUGUGCCUUGUUGUAGUAGGGGGAUUGGUGGCUGGAAUUGUUGUCUUCAACAAACUACAACCCACAACCAGGAUUGCAACUGCGACUGACAUAGGUGAGGCGUCCGCACCUGAGGUAAAGCCAGCGUUGGUGGACAGAAUCAAGGGAACAUUGUCGACAGCAACGAGACGGACGACGACGGACGGCAACGCUGAGGUGAUAUGCGGCAACCUAUCCUGUGCUCCCCACUCCAUCUGUCAGUCCGACACCCACAGGGCGUUCUGGUGCGAUUGCCAUGAGGGAUUUUUGGGUGAGACAUGCCAUGAAGACCGUAACGAGUGUGCGAUGAGCCAGUCAGUGUGUGGCUAUCGCGGCGAGUGUGUGAACACCCCUGGCAGCUUUACGUGCACCUGCUACAGCGGCUGGGAGGGGGCACGUUGUCAGCAUCGCGAUCAAACCGUGACGGUGCAUCAGUGCCUGGCGGGUUUUACGGGCAAUACGUGCAGAGAUGACAUUGACGAGUGUUCCAGUUCGCCGAACGUUUGCAAGGCCCACCAGAGUUGUGCAAACUCGCGCGGUAGCUACACGUGCACCUGUUUAAAAGGAUGGAAGGGUGACGAAUGCGGAGAUGAUGUCAACGAGUGUGACGUCACAACCACGUGUCAGAAUGGGGGCACGUGCACGAACCUUGCUGGCGGGUACAAGUGUCAUUGUGCGCACGGAUGGAUUGGACACAACUGUGACGAAGACAUCGACGAAUGUGAGGAGGGUCGGUGUUUGCAUGGUUCCACGUGCCUCAACCUAGUUGGAUCAUUUUCGUGCACGUGUCCGCCCGAGUGGACUGGAGACACGUGCGACAUACUUCCGGUAACUCCUCCAACUGUGGAGCAAACACGUGGUGGUACGAGCACAACUUCUCACUCAGGAGGCGCCUCAAACGCUCAGGUUGGUCACGUGACACACGGGGCCGGACCCUGGCCCCGGAACAAGUGGCUGAUCAUCGGCGCCGCGGUAGGCGGGGCGUUGGCGCUUGCUGGUUUAGCGGCGUUGAUUGUGGUAUUGAAGCGAAUCAGAGAGCAGAGAGCCAAGGUAUCUGGGGAAAAUGUAACUGUGGUACAAGUUCAACAAAGCCGAUUCCCGGCUCGCGUUCCUAAUGGCAGGGUCGGGGUACCGAACCAACCACGUGGUUUUAAAGAGCCGAGAGCGCUACUGCCUGGCGGAGCGACAUCACCAGAUAUUGUCAUGAAGACGAAGUUAUCUAUGCGAAGAAUGCUUCCGCAGUACUAAAUAGUGAUGACCAAAUGAAAGCUCCUAUUUAAAGAAACGUGAAAUAUAUUUUCGUUAAUAUGUCAGACUUAU